GAGCAAUUAAAAGUUAGGAUCGUUAGCUACGAUAAGACAGACAUUGGUUACGACUUGACUGUGCCCAGUAUCGAAUAACCAUCAACAUUAUUUUGCGUUAUAAACGAACAACCAAACACAAACUGUGACUUGAAUUAAUGGAUUGUGUUUACUGCCUAGGGUUUAUCAUAUCUUACAAGUAAAGUCAAUAACAGGAUGAGAAAACUUAUUGACUAGUGAGAUAGGCAACAUACAAACAUAGUGCUUUAAACAUCUGUUUAUUACAUAAAGGUUAAUUAGCAGUUAUGGCACUUUGAAAUAACAACGGGAAUGAACCAGUGGAAAUCUAUUAAGAAAUACAUUUCAAGAUCUCUCUCUGUGACAGAGAAUAACAAGUCAAACAUGCCAAAACCAAUUUCUGGAAAGGUUGUGGCAUCCUUUGAGACAGAAAAUAAGUUUGUCUCGAGUUUAGCGACCAUGGCUUCAAAUGAUAUUUUAGUCACAGAGGACUACACUUUGAACGUGUACAAAUCAGGGGGAAAACAAGGAGGACUGCUCAAUGAUCGGAAUGAUAAGGUUUAUCCAUGGAAUGUUGCGGUGUUUCGUUUUGUAAAUGAACACAUUGCGAUGACUUGCUGUGCAAUGAAGGAUGGCAUUAAUGAAUGCGUGAAGAUUUAUAAUACGAGGGGACAUCUGUUGAAAUCAUUUGGCCAGAAUUUGAUACAUCCUAGGGGAUUAGCUGUAAAUAGUCACAACCAGUUUGUAGUGACCGAUUCCGAAUCUAGAAAUGUAUAUAUCUAUGACGCAGAUGGUUGUUUGUUACACUCUAUUGAUCACAUAGACUAUAAUGACGAAAAGGUUUUCCAGCACCCUCUAUAUGUGGCAAUUAACAACUCAAACUAUGACAUCAUUGUGUCAGAUUGCACAGCUGGUUGCGUUAAAGUAUUUGAUUGUGACGGUCGUUACCGAUUUACAUACAAUGGCAAAGGGACACUCAACCCAAGAGGGGUGUGUAGUGAUAAAUUCGGGAACAUCUUUAUUACAGAUUGGCAUAGUGACAGUAUCCACAUGAUUAACUCCCAGGGACUAUUCCAGCGAUGUAUAGUGACCAAGAAUGAUGGGAUUGAAAAGCCCCAGUGCCUGGUUGUGAACGAAACAGGAAACUUGGUUGUUGGGGAAUAUACUGGACACAUAAAGACCUUCAGCUAUUUAUCUAAAAUGUCAAGUGUUUGAGAUACUCUAAGUGGCAAAAUUUUUGAGAGUAUCUAAUACUUGUAUAACAGUGAAUAACGCUUGUGUUCUUGAGAUAAGUCAAGAGUUAGUCAGGGGAUAGUUACCAAAGUUACCAAACAUUUCCCGUGUACUAACACGCUUAUUUGCAUGCGUGUAAAUUGAUGAACUGUGUUAGUUUAGCAACGAGCCCUUGUGACCCCGCCCCACUACAGGGCGUCCACAAAACCCAACUUCAAAACAAAUCUAUUAGAAUCCUGGGCAGUUUUUUAAAAAUACAAAGGUAGCAGUAAAAAGCCUGAUUUAUUUUUCAUCAAAUGGUACCUAGACCAUGAUGUAACCAUCAUGUAUGACUGAGCAAUCUUGACCAUUAUGAGAUGUGGUAAAAUUAGCACUGUGCCAUGUUACCUUCCUGUGUGGCAAUUGAUGUGUAAUUGGCUUAGUAUUCUUUUUCUGUUAUAUUAUGUUAGAGGAUGGGCCUUUUGGACUGGGGACUGAGUAACUCAUGAAAAAAAGUUUGACAAAAAGCUUAACUUAUUCUAAAAUAGGCCUGCAAAAAUGGUUCAACUGACACCUGAACAGUAGAGCCAACAAAAAGUUCUAAAAAGCAAGGCCAAUGUACUGUUUAUAGAACCCUCAUUCUUACUUUUGAAAUUGAAAUGUAUUUAAGCAAUACUGUCUCACAUGAAUCUACUUAUUGAGACUCAAUAAACUUGAGUUCUUCCGAGAAAAUGAGGAUUUCAGCAAGGGCUAUUGACUUUACAUGGGGAUACAAUUGACUUCAAAGCUGCAUAUCAUCAAGUAGAAGUUGCUGAUCAAGAGGCUCCUUGGAUCCAAUUUCGCGAGAGUUAUGCAAAAGUGUGAAGACAUGGAACAUUGAACAAGCUUGAAUUUAAACAUUAGUAAUGUUCUGAACACAAAAAAAACAUUCACUGUGUCAUUCCUACUUGAAUGCUAACCUGGCACAGUGCUGAUUUUACCACCUUUCAUAAUGGUCAUGAUUGUUCAGUCAUCCACGACAGUUACAUAAUGAUCUAGGUAUCGUUUGAUGGAGAAAAAAUCAGGCUUUUUACUGCUACCUUUGUGUUUUAAAAAAAUGCUCAGAAUUCUAGUAUCCUGGCUUUGAAGUUGGGUAUACUUUUUGUGGACACCCUGUACAACAAUUCAAAAGGUGUUAAGCCAAGGGGGUCACAGAGGCUUGUAGCUAGACGAUGUGGUUUUCAUGUCUUACACCAAGUUAGUCUUGCUUCAAUACUGUGGUCCUGGCUCCCUAUCUAAACAAAACGCUUUUUAGAGUAGAUACUCCAGGCUCUUGAAGCAAGACUAACACCAAGUCUCUGCUAUAUAACAUAACAGUAAAUCUAGAAUUUUUUUGUACAAUACAUUUUUGGGUGUAUGUCAGUGCCAUGAAAUCAAAAUUGUAUGAACUUGAGUAAACGCAAAAAAAUAAAUUGACAACUUCACAAUAUUUAAAAGCACAAUUUAAAAGUUAAUAUACUUCAAUGAUGCCACGAAGAACAGUCAUAAAUCAAGGUGAAAACUAACAAGAGUUUAAAAAUGUUAGGCCAUCAAACCCAAAAAUUGGGCCCAACAUUUGGAAAUUUAGGUGGCCAUUUCUUGAUAAUUUGGCCUAAAAUUAAAAAUAAGGCCCAAAAAGGCCCA